AUGGAAACUUCAAGAAUUUUUGUCAAGGGCUUGCCGACCAGUCUUACCGAGGCCGAGUUUCGGAAACACUUCUCUGCGGGAAACCGGCAAGUCACAGAUGUUAAGCUCAUGGCACAGCGCCGCAUCGGCUAUGUAGGCUAUAAGUCAGCAGAGGACGCCGCAAAGGCUGUCAAGUACUUUAACAAGACCUACAUCCGCAUGUCCAAGAUUGGUGUCGAACCCGCGAGAGCAAUUUCAAACCCCGCGUCGACAAAGGCGCCUGUCGCCACCCAAACCGGUGCUCCGGAGAAGGCCACCAAAGUUCUAUCCUCGGCUGCCUCUGUCGAAGAUGGUUCCAAGAAGAGAAAGCGGGAGGACCUCGACCAGUCAGAUCACAAGCUGCAAGAGUAUCUUCGGGUCAUGGGGACAGGUAGAGAGAGCCUCGUUGCCAACGAGACAGCUGUUGAAUCAAGCGGAGCCCUAGCGCAACUGGACUCUGCGCUGGUGCCUGAUGGGGAAAGCGAUGACGAGUACGUCCAAGUUCCCUCGAGGAAGGAAAAGUUUCGAAAGGUUGAUCAUGCGACGGGCGAGACCGGUGUGGCUCAAGUGAUAUCGGCGAGGAACUCAACAUCUAGUAGAGAGACUGCAAGUAUCCCGGCCGACGGUGUGGCUGGGCCGUUGCCCAGGCCACUGGCCCCAGGGUCUGAGCCGGCGGAUGAACCAGCUGAUGUGGCAAUGGAUGCGACGGAUGAUGAUUGGCUGCGCUCUCGAACAAACCGACUUCUGGACCUGGUAGAUCCAGACGACAUUUCCCGUGUCGUACCCAUUGAAAAGGCUGAGUGUGACAGCUUGGCUGCUCAAGAGGUUGGAAAUGACAAAGAGGCUCCGCAUUCCGAGCAGGACGGAACUCACGAUGACCAAGAGCCCCUCCCACAACAAGGGCAGGACAAAGACUUAGCUGCAGAAGCUAUUUCGAAGACUUCUCGGCUAUUCGUUCGAAAUCUCCCUUACUCCGCCACCGAAGAUGACCUGAGAGAGGAGUUUGAAAAGUUUGGGGGUGUAGACGAAAUACAUCUGCCAAUCAAUGCACAAGGCACAGCCAAAGGUUUUGCGAUGCUGCUGUUUACAAAGCCAUCUGACGCGGUUGCUGCAUUCCAUGCGUUGGAUGGGGCAACUUUCCAGGGGCGUAUAAUCCACAUCAUUCCAGCGGAUGCGAAAAGAGAGCAUGGUGUGGACGACUUUUCCUUGUCUAACCUCCCGCUGAAGAAACAAAACCUGAUCCGCAGAAAAAAAGAGGCGUCAUCCACUACUUUCAACUGGAACUCGCUAUACAUGAGCCAAGAUGCUGUCAACUCUUCAGUGGCGGCUCGACUUGGUGUCUCAAAAUCAGAGGUGCUGGACCCAACAUCAGCAGACGCAGCAGUCAAGCAAGCCAUUGCCGAAACGAGCGUGAUCCAAGAGACAAAGGCUUAUUUCGCUGCCAAUGGGGUUGACUUGGAUGCGUUCAAGUCUCAUAAGCGGGGCGAUACGGCGAUACUGGUCAAGAACUUCCCAUUUGGGACUACCAUGGAGGAACUGCGCAAACUGUUUGAAGAGUUUGGUCCAGUUCUCAGAGUUUUGAUGCCGCCAGCGGGUACGAUUGCGAUUGUGCAAUUCGCACAGGCCAACCAUGCAAAGUCGGCAUUUGGCAAGCUGGCGUAUCGACGGAUCAAGGACAGCGUGCUUUUUCUGGAGAAGGCGCCAAAAGAUCUGUUUACUAGCGAGGCGGCUGCAGUGUCGGCGGCCAAGGCCAACAGCCAGCCGACCGCAACGACUAAGCUGAGCGUUAGCGACCUGUUGACAGGCGGAGGCGACAAGGCAGAGGAGGAAGAAGUGGAGACAACAUCUCUGUUCAUCCGCAAUUUAAACUUUGACACCACCACGAGUAGACUAGCUGAAGCUUUCCAAGCUCUGGAUGGGUUUGUCUCGGCCAGGGUCAAGACCAAGAUGGACCCGAAGAAGCCGGGUCAGAUACUCAGCAUGGGCUUUGGGUUUGCCGAGUUUCGCACGAAAGCGCAGGCUCAGGCAGCUCUCAAAGCCAUGGACGGGCAUGUUCUGGACGGGCAUGCGCUGACGGUCAAGGCAUCGCACAAGGGCAACGACGCUGCGGAGGAGAGGCGCAAAGAGGACAGGGCAAAGAAGGUGGCGGCCAAGCGCACCAAGGUUGUCAUCAAGAACUUGCCUUUCCAGGCGACGAAAAAGGACAUACGGACGUUGUUUGGCACAUAUGGUCAAUUACGAUCUGUCCGCGUUCCAAAGAAGGCAGAUUCUAGCUCAAGAGGCUUUGCCUUUGCAGACUUUGUGACACCGCGCGAAGCGGAAAACGCAUUAAACGCGCUGCGAGACACUCAUUUGCUUGGGCGGCGUCUCGUGCUGGACUUCGCCGAGGCGGAAGCUUUGGACGCUGAGGAGGAGAUAGAAAAGAUGCAGCGCAAGGUAGGAGGACAGGUGAAUAAGGUUGCGCUUCAGAAGCUUACAGGAGGGGGACGCAAAAAGGUGACUAUUGGCAACGAGGACGACGAAGAGAUGGAAUAG